AGUGAUCCUCCCUUCAAACUUCCCAUUUCCAACCUGAUACUGGAGGGGAGUUGACCAACACUCAAUCCUUUAUCUUCCUCCUCCUCCUCCUCCUCCUCCUCUUCUUAACCUUCUAUUUACUCCUUCCAGAUCUGCAAAGAAUUUCAGUGCAAAUGGAAGACCUCAGUUUCUACAUUGGAGUCAUAGGCAACAUCAUCUCUGUUUUAGUCUUCCUUUCUCCUAUAGGGACAUUUCUAAGAAUAGUAAAGAACAGAUCGACGGAGGAGUUUGAGAGCAUUCCCUAUAUCUGCACUUUGCUUAGCUCUGCCCUUUGGACUUACUAUGGCAUCAUCAGACCUGGUAGUUAUCUUGUUGCCACUGUCAAUGGGUUUGGUGUUCUUGUGGAAGCUAUCUAUAUUGUCUUAUUCCUUAUAUUUGCACCUGCAAAGAUGAAGGCGAAGACGGCGGUUCUUCUUGUGUUAUUGGAUGGGGGAUUUCUAGCAGCAGUGGUUCUGGGUACUCGCUUGGCACUGAAAGGAGAUGUGAGGAUUGAUGUACUAGGACUCAUAUGUGCAUGCCUCAACAUAAUUAUGUAUGGAUCACCUCUGGUUGCCAGGAAAACAGUGGUGACAAUGAGAAGUGUGGAGUACAUGCCUUUCUUUCUUUCUUUCUUCCUAUUCUUGAAUGGAGGGAUUUGGGCUUUCUAUGCAAUUCUUGUUGGAGACUACUUUCUUGGAAUACCAAACGGGACUGGAUGUUUACUUGGAAUAGCUCAGCUAAUUCUCUACGCAAUGUACAGAAACCCCAAAGCAUCGAAGAGCAGAGUAGAAGGAUUGGAGGAAGGAUUACAACAACAACAACAUCAACAUCUAAUUUCCCCUUCUGAUCGAGAACCCCUUAUCCAAGAAGUAGAAUAGAGUAGAGCCCAAAUAAAUAAAUGACAAAAAAAGAAAGGACUCGUCAAUCCAAUCAUCUGCUACGAAUAUGGUUGAAGAGUCCAUUGCCUCCUCCUCCUGGUGCUGCUCUGUUCUCAUCAUAAAGAUGGGUUUUUUAUUUUUGUUAGGAGGAGUCCAUGACUAGCUCUCCUUCCAGUUUUGAAGUUUGAAUUCUCGCCAUGGGUCUUUGUUGAGUGUUGUACUGGUAUUGUUGUAGAUGUAUAUAUGAAGAUUGAAUCACAAACCCCUUGCACUUAUCGGAUAUCAAACACUUGACCUUAUUA